GCUAUUCCCAUUCAGUCCACAGACACGGUUGGAAAAACCCAAGUAACAAUUGUUUUAUAUCUUGAAAACUUGCAAACACACAUUUUUGACCCGAUCUACUCUAUAUACUUUGUAAAAGAUGGAUAGGGUGACGCUGAUGGAUACCAAGGCCGGCGAAACAAAGGAGUAUUCGCUCGAUGAGGAAUUGAAUCUGCUGCGCGACCUGGGCGACUGUCACAAGGCCAAUCUGGCGGACAUAGAUAUGAUAGCGCGUACGACCGUCAAAUGCCAAUACACAAUACCCCGGGCGUAUUCGGCGGACAGUCAGAGGAUAGCCACUUCCAUGGAGCGACCACCAUCGACACGUCCGUACGAGGAAUCCGACUCACUGGAGGAGGAGAUGGUCGCCCUGCCAUGCGGAAUGGUCGAGGGGGAAGUUACGACCGAUGAGGAGACAAGAACGCUGAGCGCCCUUGAGGGUCUGGACCAGAUACUCAAGAGAAUCGAUAUAUUGCAGAGUCAGAUCCGCAGGAGUCAGCAAUUGGAGAAUAGUACGCAGCAAUCUGAACCGUCGGAGGAUCGGAUCUCGUGCAGUGGCCUGAAUGCGAAGCAAUCGGAGAUUCGCUGCAUCCAACGUGCCCAGCACCACAUCCAGUGCCAGAUAGCAGAGCUCCUGUGCCGCUACGAUAAUUUCCGUAAUAUGCUGCGUAGCUUGAUACAAACGUGGACCUGUCUGGAGCGACGGAUUGCCGUUAUUCGGAACAAAAACCUCGUCCAUUUGGCCUGGACGGAGGAGUGUGCCAACGAUCUCAGCAACUGCCAGCACAGGCAUCGCUCCUUGGCCGCCGUGAAGCUCACCAAAAAGAUGGCCCUGCUCGUGACCAAGACGAACAUGUCCAGUGGUUUUCGCUAUAGCCGGCGAUAUCUGCGAAAUGCCCUAAUCGCUCGACAUGUCAACGACUUUCGCUAUGAGAUCGCCGAGUUGAAGGUCUUAAGCGAGGAAAUCUACACCGAAAUCGAUGGGCGACUGGACCAGAUCAAGUUGAAGGCUCAGCAAUUCGGUGUCGUUAUCUCAACCACGCCGCGCCAAUCCAAUUUGAUCACCGAUGAAACACUGAGGAACACUCAGCCAACUGAGCUCACUGAGGGCACCGACGCGUUCACCGUUCCAAGGGGCUCCACCAUCAAAGAUUGAUGGAAAAAUGAACUUCAGAAGAAAUCAAAGUCAGAGUUAGAGUUAGAAAACAAUAACAAUGGGAGCAAGUUUCAACGGAAAAAUACGACAAGAGUAAUCAUACAAUAUUCAGUAGGAAAUAGGAUAGAAAAUUUAUUGAGUUGUCCACGAAAGACGGAUUUCCAUUGCUUGGCAAAAAAAAUGAAGGAUUAUGCCAAGUAUUAACCACAAAAAAUAAAUACAAAAAUGUAAAA